AUAAUAGAGUGGUGCUAAUAUUUUACUUUUCUUUCAGUUGCUCAUGUGUAAAAAUUUUGUAACUAUACAUCGAGGUUUGUUAUUUUUUCCUCAACUCUCCAUUAACUACCUAUGUUUGACCCUGUGUUUGUGACCCUGUAUAUGUUUGACCCUAUGUGACCCCAGCAACUCAAGGUCGUGUGUUUUUUUCUUUCCAGGUGUUAGUGAUGACCGCCAUGAUGGUGGGCGGCGGUGCUUUCAGCGGAGGCGGCGUGGGCGUAGGCCGGGGCAGCUUGACUCCGCCCAGUUCCAGCAGUACCCACCACUCCCUCAGACUCCCAUCCCCACAGUCUCCUCCUUCACCCGCCUCCAGUGACUCGCCUACUUCCCCCGCCAGCCCUGGCCGAUCUGGUGGAAACAAGGAGUGCGGCGUGUGCGGUGACGUGGCCAAAUCCAUGCACUUCGGCGGCCUCUCCUGCGAUUCUUGCAAGGCGUUCUUCAGGCGGUCGGUGCAGAACAACGCCCACAAGGGGUUCACUUGCCCUUACGAGAAGAAAUGCGUGAUAGCCGUCUCAUCCAGAAAGGCCUGUCAGUACUGUAGAUUUCGCAAAUGUCUAUCGAUUGGGAUGGAGAAGGGAUGGGUAAUGACGGAGGACGAGCGACGCAAGAUGAUGCAGCAGAGGCAGGAGAGGAAGACCAAAGAGGAGACCAAGAAGCAGCCCCCUACACCCUGCACCGGCACGGAGAAGUACUCGCUGUCUGAAGAGGACCGCACGGAGAUCUCCAUCAUCGUAUCUCUGUACAAGAAGGCUUACCAAGACGUCCCCUACGAAGAAUCUUGCCCGCAGGAGGGACCGACGGGAGUCAUGUCGCCCUGGAUGACGUUCUGUAAGAGAAUCGGUUAUUUCUUCUCUCUGUUUCGGGAGUUCGCCGAUCUCUCCAGCAGCGACCAAGCGUUACUUCUGAAGACGGCCAUUACCUCGGCCUGCAUCAUCAUGGGAUCCGUCGUAUACGAUCCCAGUAGCGGUAGAUGGCCGGGCAAGGGAAUAUCGAGGAGCGGUUUCGUCCCCAACGUCACGUCGCAGAAUGUGGAGAGGAUCGUGCCCGCCGAGUUAAUGUCUCGAGUCGAACAUUUUUUUCGUAAGUUCCAGCAGGUCUGUCCCGACGAGACCAUGGCGAUGAUACUCAUACUGGUGGCUCUGUACUCCCCCGAGCUGAUGGGUCUGGAGGCCAAGGACACCAUUCAGGCUCUUCAGGAUCGCUACACGAGUAUCCUGCAGAAGUACGUCGCGUGGAAGUACAAGGACCAGUCGUCCCUCAUGUUCCCCAAGGUCAUCGUGUCCCUCGCCGACAUCCGGGAGUUAGCGGAACGGACGAGUCAGAUGCGCAUACAGCAGGGCGUGGCGUCCAGCAUACCCAGCAUGUCGUCGUUCAUACCGAGACACGACUCUCACGCGUCGUCUUCCUCGGCGACUCCGAUGGAAAUCAACGAAAUGGGCGGAGCUACGAGUAGAGACGAGGAUAUCGAGGACGUGACUGUCAAGGAAGAAUGCGACCUGGAGGACGACGACGCACUCCGGACGGAAGCCGCGCAGAAGGUGGCCCGUCUGGGGGCCACCGGUGGAGUACGAGACCACACCUACCAAAAAAUUAUGAAUAAGAUUAUGGAUCAGAUGACUAGUUCCUCCAUACACUUAAGAGCUCCGUCGCUCCUCCCCUUCAUCAUCCAGAUCGUGAAGAAAGUUGGCACCGGGAAUUCUAGAGACACGUCCAGUCAGCUGCCUUCCGCCAGUCCGAAAGUCGGUAAGACCCAACAGACGAAACAUCAGCGAAUAGGGUCUAAGCGGCGGAUGGUGGAAAUAAAGCAAGAGUUCGUAGACGAAGUUUGCGACAGCCAAGAGUUACCGUCACCCAUCCCGACCAACACCGUGUCACCCAACUUGCAUCUUAGUCCUCACAGUCACUUCAAUCUGCAACCUGAGCCUAACUUGCCUCACGUUCAGCAGCUUCAUCACUUGCAUCAUCACCAGUCGUCGCCGUCGUCCCCCCAGUCAGCUUCCGGGUGUAUGUAUCCGGUCUCUCCGAUGGAAUCCACGGACUCGUACGACAUGCUGCCGCCCUCGCCUCUACAAUCUUCCUCGCCUCUGCAUUCUUCCAGCUUGAGAUUGUCGCCCCACUCCGUGCCAUCCCCCCUUAGUUCAAACCAUUCGAACGACAUGAUGUCCCCUCAGCCGCCACUCAUGGUCCCCGUAGCACCGUAUACGCCCCCAACGGCAAUUCCAUCGCCAAACAUCCUCGUUAAACAACCCAACAUGGCACCCGUAGCAGACAUGCCAUUACCCUCACCGAUGGCUGCACCUUCACCCUGUUCAGAUACGUCGAGCUCUUCUCCGGAGAGUUCCCAGUCGCCACUCUCCGAGCUAUUUUCGGAGGAGCUCUCAAACGUAGAAAUAGACGUACUAACACAGCUUCUGGAUUACGUCGCAAACAUCGACAACUUGGAUAACGUGAGCUCGCUAAAAGAAAUCUUACCCCCGCAUCUCCUGUCAGAAUUACAAACCAAAUUGUGCUCGUAUUCGCUAAAGCACGAGUAAGCCAGCCGCUACAUUACGCCGUUAAAUGUUUCUUAAGUGUGAUGUAGACCAAGGGCUGUUGUUAAGUCAGUAUGUAUCAAGUUAUAUUUAAAGGAUAUAAUGUGUAAUAUGUGUUAUUGAGUGUUUGGUGAUGCUUGCAGUGUACUAAAAGAAAAAGCAACUUGUUACACAUUUGGAAGUGCAUUAAAAGCAACUUGUUAUACACAUUUGGAGAUGCAUUACUGUGAAGAUAAUGGCAACUGUAAAUUAUCGAUCAUUUGAAAGGUUUUAGAAAGUUGAAAAUCGAAGAAAAUUUGCCCGUGAAAACUUUCUUAGUGAGGGAAAGAUAAAAAGUUACGCUGGUAAAACAAAUCAACACCAGCCCUGAUAACAAGUAUGUGACAUCAUAUGCAUGUACAGUGAUGUUUUGUGAUAACUUAAAAUGAGAAACUCUAGGAAGCUGAUGAGUGUGAUUUAUAUUAAUCAAAAAUCAUCUUUUAAAAAUGCUACAAAUAUAUACACAUCCAGAUUCCUUAGACGCUUUUUUUUGCUCCGGUGACUUAUGGCUCGGCCUGACGCAAAUACAGUAGCUACAUACAGAAAAUUUAUAAGAUAUUUUGGGAAGGGUUUAAGAAUCAUCUCAUUAUUAGCUCAUCAAUCAUAUACAGUAUACCUGCACACACACCAAGAAUAUUUCACCUCAGUAGUUCACUCAAAUCCAUUGGUAGUUUUAUACGUGGGUGAAAGUGUCAUUACAACGAGAAGCUUAGGAAUGCAUUGUACAUUUUUGUAAGUAAGAAUUGCCUCCUCUAUCAUCUUAUCAUUGUAUUCUUCAGCAGCUAAGAGUAAAGUUUUAUAUCGGCAAUCCGUUUCCUGUAGCGUAUAAUGAAGAGAAACACCUCUGUAGUGAAUAACCAAACAAGCUUCAUAACCAACUGUAGUAAAUAACCAAACGUAGGAAAUGUGAACGACGGUUAAGGUGGUUUUACGUUCGUCCUCCCAUGUCGAAUGAACCCUGUGUUUUUAUUGAAAUUUUCGAUUCCACAUUUUUAAGGGGUUUUGUCAUAUCAGGAUUGGUCUUUGUGGUGUUAUGAAGACUUGGUUUUUAUGUAAUUAUUUAUUUAUUGUUUGUCCCUCCACGCACCCCAUUUCUUCAUCGAUGUUUUGUUUAUCGGGAUCAAAUUUUCUGGUGUUAUGAGGGAUUUAUUUACUUACUUUACCCUCCAUUUCUUAACCUCUCUACACUACAACGAUGUUUGUCAUUAUUAUACGUAGGCUGUCUUGAGAUACAGUUUCCCCUGUUCUGAUUGUUAGUUCAGGCGAGAUCGCAGGGAAACGUCUAUGUGUGUGUGUGUGUGUGUUCGCCGUAGCUUCCAGGGAAUUUCAAGCCUUAUUAUGAUCUAACUUGAGAAAUGUAUGUACAGUAUCGGGAGAUGAUAGGCUUACUAUAUUUAUCCAAGUUGCAAGAGUCAAAUGUUUAUUUUCAUCUGGAUAUUUAACAUUAAUUCUGUUGCGAGAAAUUUACUUCCAUGAGAGAGAAGGAAGGAAUGGUCAGGCAGAUUUCAUGGUCUGGUAGUGAUAAACGAUCAUUGACCUAAAGGAUGAACUAUUUACAUUUAAACAUGUUACAUUUAAACAUGCUAUACCAAUCUGGGCAUUGAAUACAUUUAUCAACAAAACAUACCAUUUAUGUUGUCCCCUCCACGUAGUACAGUAGUUUGAAGUAUUUUGUCUUCGUUUGGUUAAGAUCGCAAUAUACCACGCUGGAUUAUUUACAUUGGUGGUGCGUCGUUACAGGAAGUGUCAAAUAGCGACCUUGUUAUGUUUUUGUGGUGAUAUUAAUUCGACGUUUUAUAUUCCUCUUAAAAAAAAAAUCUACGUGGAUGAUUUUUUUUGUGAAUGCUGGAAUUUUGUAUACGAUAAGUAAUGACGCCUCGUCCAGCUGUAUGUAGGUACCUAGGAUGAUAAGCUUGGUGAGUGUUAGAGAAGCUUUGACCUCUGGAAUAAUAAGCUUGAUGACUGGUACAAGCAUUGACCUCUGGAAAGCUUGAUGACUGGUACAAGCAUUGAUCUCUGGAAAACUUGGUGACUGGUACAAGCAUUGACAUCUGGAAAGCUUGAUGACUGGUACAAGCUUUGAUCUCUGGAAAACUUGGUGACUGGUACAAGCAUUGACCUCUGGAAAGCUUGAUGACUGGUACAAGCUUUGACCUCUUGAAUAAUAAGCUUGAUAACUGGUAGAACUUAGAAGCAUUGUAUGGAGAAAAGUCACAUAACGUUUGCAAUAGGCGAUGUUUUUUUUUUGUUGUUGUUUGGGGGGGGGGGGAUAGUUUAAGACACAUUGUAAGACCCGAGAAUGUGUAGUUUGGGCGAUUAAGGUCGAGAAUUCGUAGUCGUUUGAGGCACCUGUGUGUAGGAAAUUCCGUGUAUGUUGACAUCUUGCGCGCCAGCCUAGAUUUACUUCAUCGUCAUUCCAGUUAUUCUAUUUUGCUUUAUUUUGGGGGGGGGGUGGAGUUAGAUUACAUAGAUGAUUCAUAGCUUCCCGUUCCUGCCCUCCUUACCAUCCCAGUGUUAAUUAAAAAAAAACAAAAAAAAAACAAAAAAACAAUUGACUGGCUACCUGUCCCACUACCUCACAACUGUAUUUAAAUCGUAAACGUCGAGAGAAUUAAAAAGACCUACGCAAGGUUUGGGUGAUUUUCCGUUGUUUGAUUUCACUCCGCUACGAGACAGAGUACACGUUGCCUUAAUUACUUACCACAAUCAGUCACGUAAUCGUCCACUUGACCCGGUACUACCAGAAAAUUACACUAGCAUAAAGAUAAGUAUACUACAUAUACACCCUCUGUACUGCAUAUGUAACGUAUGUUGUUCUUGACGAUACUAAAUAAAAGUAUGUAUUAUUUUGUACUACAUUUAUGGCUGUUAGGGGUAACUGCUUAAUACUAAAAAUAAAUUAUGCCAGGAUAGGUAAUAUUAGUACAACUAGAUUCACCUGAUUUACCUAUUCUCAUGUUAGUAUUCCUAUGAUAAUGUCUCUUUUAGUUUCUUGAAAGGAAUUUGGUAUAUUUAUUUUUCAUCCAAGUUGAGAACCAAAUGGUAGGGGGCAUGAAAUGGCUGUCCAUAGUCUUAAAACAUUUUCAGUACCGAGUGACAUAAUUCAAGUCUUUUUAUUAGUUGUAUUAUUAUUUUCCGUGUGUGUGUGUGGUGUCCAUAACUCCGUGCAGCUGUGAAACAUUGAGCGAAAUUUGUUCUUAUGUGUUUUAAAGGUUGGUAGUAUAGCAUUGAGGUUAUGUCUCGAGCCAUCUAAAAGUCAGGUAAAAUAGGCCUCGUCACUUCCGUGUUUCAGGUUGAGAAUAGUCAUAUGUGGACUGGUGCCGUUGUUCUGGGAGUGUAGUAAAACCUCUAUCUAACGAACUAUAUAUAGAUGGAAGUCAUUUAUAUCGAGGGUCUGUUAGGUGUGAAACCUCCGUCUAAUGAACAAUAUAGAGAUGGAAGUCCUUUAUAUCGAGGGUCUGUUAGAUGUGAAACACUCCAUCAAACGGAUUAUUUGGAGACCGGUUUCACGAUUUUUCGUGUACUGACGGGAAUUCUUCUGGGGUGGGAACGACGAGACAAUGGGACGGCAGAACCAGAUUUAAUCACCUGUGAAGCUCGGUUGUAAACACAGCUACCAGGGGGAGGGGACGAGAAGUGGAACAAACUACCAUAACUCCUGUUUGUCUUAGGGGUUUUUAACACUACUUAGGACAGGGGAUAUAGUACAGUGGUCUUUCAUUCUGAAUUGAGAUUCUUGGUUAAAUGAUGGGGUGGAGACAUGACCUGAAGUACAGCCAGAUUUGUGGAGAUGAAGUACAUUGUAAGAUAUUGGGUGUGGGGGGUUAAAGCAGGUAUAUUGGUAUUAAUGUAAUGUUGAUUGUUCUCCCCCUGUGAGAUAAUUGUGCUGGUGGUUUGUUCUCCAGUUCCCUUCGUUCAUAUACAGUGAAAGUGUCUAUUUAACAGACUACUGUAUAAGGAAAGUCCAUUGUGUCGAGGGUCCGUUAGAUGUAAAACCUUCAUCUAAUGGAUUAUAUGGAGAGAGAGAAGUCAGUUAUAUGGACAUUUCACCGUAGGGUAUAUUAGCAAGUUGCACACGGAGGUAGUCACAGAGGCGUUAAUAAUGUAUGCAAGAGACCUGAAGUGCUUGUGAUGUGUGGGGGCUUAUACAGGGUCACACAGUAAUGGUGACAUAAAGGGAAAACCGACAUCAGAGUUAGUGUGAAUUGUGUUGGCAGGCUUGUGUGUCCCCUGUAUUACCCGAGACACGUAGAGGUGGUAGUGGAUACAGCAGCUACACGGGAUAUUAUUUACGUACAGGUGAAACAUAUUGGAUCAUUUAGGCGAGUGUCGAAGAGUUGAGAAGUUUUAUUCUUUUUAUGUCAUUGUUAGGUUAUCUGUUUUUGACAAGGUACCCAUUUAAUAGGUGUCAUAAUUCUACAUGCAGGAGUCAAAGGUUAGUCUUUAAGUUACUGCUUGUAUAAGAUGUUAGAGCUUGCAGUCAUAUCAAUAAUUGAACUGUUGUGUGAUGCGACCACAGCCUCUAGGAGCCGCCAGUCUCAGAGAACUGAUUACUCUAAGUAUUUAUGGUAGGUAAUGCUGUACGUAUAGUCUAUUCAUAAAUGAGGGACAAGUAAACACAUGAACCCACAGGGUUGGUAAACAACAUAUUAUAGAGAGUUGAUAUAUAUAUAUAUAUAUAUUGGUAAAAGAUAUACAGUAUUUGUACAACAUUAUGAAGUGCUACAGUACUUUAAAGUUGAACUAGUUAAGUGGGGGAACAUUUUGUGAAUGGUUGGUUUGUUGUGCUGCAUUGUAGCCUUUUCCAUCUUUAGGUACUACAGUAGCUGAUUAAACUCUACCCUUAUGAUAUAAUUACAGCCCUGAUUUUAUAUUGAAGUAGAGUAGAGUACAGUACACUGUAUAAGUUGAUUUAUGAAUAAGGGUCAGUUACAGAGGGGUAGAGUAAUGGUGGGCACAUAGUCUUGAGGCAGAUGUGUUACUACACUGCAGUAACAGCUUUAUAUGGAAGUGCUAGAAUGUUGUUAGCUUCAGUUAUUGUAUCUAACACCCAUUGUGUUUGGUGGUAUUCUUAGUUGUACAACACAAUUGCUUACCAUGGAACAUCCUGAAUUGGCAUAAGGGAUGAAAUCCCACAAUUUUAAUGAGUCAUUACCUGGUUUUGUAAACCCUCUAUUAUCUGUACUGGUUGAUUGGUGUAGAUCUUCAAAGACAGUCUGCAAGUUAAAGUAUUUCCCAUCAGGUUACUGAAGCUAUUGGAACCUUAGCCCAGCUUUUAUGUCUAACAUACAGGCUGGCCAUUGUGUCGGUGAUAAGACAGUUUGUCCAUUAGUUCUAUGUUCAGUACUUGGCUCCAUCUGGUGAGUGGAAGACCAGUGUACAGUAUAAGAGUCAGACUCGGAUAUUUACAUCCUUUUAGCAAUAUUUGAAGUCAACACCUUUAGUCCUGUAGAUGAAUCCCCGGUGAAAGAAAUCAGAAGUUAUUAUUAAUUGUAAAAACAUUAAGUAAUUCCAAGAUUUUACCAUUGUGUUAUUAUUUUAUGGCUUACUUUAAUUAUUGUAUAUUUAAAGAUCUUUACUGAGGAAAAUUUAUGUUGUGUAGAUGAAACUGUGUGUGUGUAAGAUGGUGGUAUGGGUCAGAGAAAAUAGAUACUGGUUACUUAUCGCAUCCAAACCACUGCCUUUUCUCUUUGUAACCUGACAUGCAGUGGCCUGUUUUACAUGUGACAUUUGAUCACUGGCGACACAUUAUGUAAACUGUAGAUGAGGUGUUGAGUAGUCCAGUUGUUAUAGUGGGCAUAAUAGAAAAAGAACUGUCAGGUGAAUAAAUCUGUUAAUUUCAUGUUUAUAAAUCGAGUGGUACAUAAUUGUUUCUGUACAUCGACUGAAUGUAAUAUAAUUCACCAAAGGGAAAGAAAUAAAUAAUUAUUGGCCUUGAUUUAAGUCCAAGUUCAAAUUGUAAUUACUCAGGUGUAAUUAAGGUAAGAUUCUUGAUGAUAGUUGAUUGAUUUGAGGAAUUACGAAUCAAGUAAUGGAUAACAUGCAUCAUCUUCAUUGUGGUGUCUUGCAAGGACAAAGGAAAGCAAAGAACUAGGUGGUUUUUUUACACACAGUUGCCAAAAAUGAGUAAAUACCUUGGAUAUAUGAGUCCCCCAUUGCUUCAUGCACACCCCACCCUAUUCUCUCUUGUUUUAAACCCUGUCUUUGCUCUGUUCACUGAAAUUUUAUUCAUUUUCAUUGAUGUUAUGUCAGAUACCCAGUACUAGUCACAUCCUGACCACCAGUUCACCACAGGCUUAUGCAUCUCUUCUCACGUCUUAUUUCUAUAUACUGUAAUUUCUGUACCACAAUAAUAAUGGCAUAAAGAAGAGAUGCUUUUAUGAUCUGAAAUAAAAUAAAAUAUCCAGGCCUACUUUCCUUUGUUAUGGCAGGGCAGUAUAGAUCAUGCAGUAUUGUACAUUGUAAUUUAUCAUUGACAAAAAAUAUAAUUAAAAUUAUACUUAUCAAAUAGAUCAUGUCUGUUUAUUUGAAUGGAUUACUUUUCUAUACAUAUUGGACAUUGAGUUUCAUUAUUGUGGGUAAGAGAAGAGUCACCUGUUGUAGUUUUAGUUCAGACUUCAUAAUUAUUUUGCACACUACCAAAAGAGAUUAACUUGCUUCAGUUAUUAUAUCAACCUGCACUAUCAUUCAGUAUUAGUUAAUUGCAUUUUUUUUUACCAAAACUCGCUAUGAAAACCACACACAAAACUGAGAUGUGUAUAAGAUUGAGAAUUAGUGUAGAAUAUAUUGUAUCAAGGUCUGUACAGUAUGUGUGUGGUACCUCGCAAGCACAUAGCAUUUUGACACUAGCCAUUGUCAGCUUGGUAUAUAAACACUGAAAAAUAUAUACCAACAGUAGUUGUGUUGUGUGUAAAAUGGACACUGGAUGUUCUUUUCUUAACCGAUAAGGUUUAUCAUCAAAUCUAGCUAAAAAUUUUAUUCUUUUCUAGUAAUCAGUUUCACACACUCAUUUAUCAGUGAAUUUCAACUAUUGUAUAACAUUAUUUAAAAAAGCAAAAGUAGUGUAGUUUUAGAGGCAGCAAUGAAGGUAACUAAAGAGAUAGGUAGGAUGAGUUGCUUAGUCACGUUAACUGGUCCUCUAUAAACUGCCAAUCGCAUCAUUACAGCUACUACCUCUUGCAUAUGGAUUAAAAUACAAUGAAUAUAAUGAUGAAUGUACAAUACAACCUUGAAGUGAAAAAUGCUUGUGUAAAGUUAUUGGCUGAUGAUUUCUAGCCAUGUUUGAAUGGUUGUCGACUGCAGUAUAAAAAGUUACGAGAAAUAUGUGCAAUCCUUUAAUGCUCGUUCUUAUUUGUUUCAAUAUUUCACAGUAGGAAGAACUAAAUGUAUGAUAAAUGUUGAAAGAUUUUGCAUGACUAUCCAUAUUUAAAUUUAGGAAAGGGUAUAGUAUAUUACAUUAUUUGUUUAUAAAUAGUGUAAUAUAUUUCUCUGAUAAGUUAAUCUAAUUAAUGUGAUCACUGAAGUCACUUAAACAUUCAAAAUAUUCAUGAUUUUAUUAUGUAAUUGUGUUGCCACUACCAAGGAGUUCCUGUUAUAAAGAUGAUCCCAUGUUCUGUACCAGCAGUUACUUUAAAACAUCAAUACUUUGUUGUCACUUUAUAAACACUUCACAUUUCACAGUAUAAAUUUGUUAUGCAUCAUUUAGAGACAGUUAAGAUUAUAUCAUUAUUGUUUUUUUCUGUCAUUGUCUUUGAAUUACUGUAGUUUAAGAGUAAUUCUCAAUUUGUAUUUCCAUAAUGAUAUGUUGGCCUGGCCACACCAUAGUCCAACCAUGCUGAUAUGUAAUGUAUAAUACCUCUUUAAUUUAUUUGUUUAUUCCUCCCGAAGUUGAUUGGGAGGCGAAGAAUGGUAGGUAUAGUUUGUCCUUAUGGAAAUGUAAAAUAAGCCAUUCCCACACUCUCCUGUACGAGCUAAUGAUAGUGACCUUAACAGCACCUUUACUAGUAGUUGAGGAUAACACUUGGCCGAAUAGCCCACCCAGCAGGUCCUGGUUUGAGUCAUAUGGCUGGGUGCUUGAGUGGGAUGCUACAACUCAUCCCAGCUAGAUUGUUGGGGAAUAGCUGUUGAGUGCAGUGAUUUUAGGUCAGGUUAUGAAAGUUGUGGAAAGAAUUAUUGAGAAAUUCAUAAGGGGGAGGGGUGAAAGUUAAUAAAAUACAGUUUGAUAUCCAGAGGCAAUAUUUAUGGCCAGGCAGCGAGGGAAGGAGAGAAAGUUGUACUCCAUAUUUGUCGACGUAAGAAAGUAUUUGGCAGUUCCACGCGAGGUAGUGCAUUGGAAAAUUAGGAAUUUAGAGGUUGAGAAGUUUUGUACAUAAGGGCAAGAGAGUUUCAGUAAAUGGUAAGGAAAGUGAGGAGUUUGAGGAGAAAGGAUCUGUCCUCUGAAGUCACCCUGUUUGUCGUGGUGUUGAGAGGAAAUAUCAUGUGAUUUUUUGGACUUUAUGCUCUGGGGGGGGUUCUUGUGUGCUGCAGAUAGUGAUGAAGUAGUGGAGAAAUCUAAGAAAAGGUUGGAAUGGUGUAGUCAGAGUAGGAGAGUGAACAUGGCCCAUGAGUGGUAUUGGUGAAGGAACUGUGAUGGAAAACAGCCAUGUUGCUCUGUGUGGUGUGAAUGACAAGCUGCAGGAAGUUGUGUUUUAACUGUACUGAAAAAUCUUGAAGGAAUGAAUCUUUGAAAUGACUUACCCUGACUGUCAUCUGGUGCCGGUGUGCUGUUUUAUCUCCUUGGGAUCCAUACUGCUUCAGUUUGGGAGGGAGCGAACUUUUGUUUGUGUCCGUACAGUUGGGAGUGACUGAAGGCACUAAUGGUAUGAGUCACCCACCUCCUUUUGAAACCCUCCAGGAGUGUUGUGCUGUCCUCCUGAUUGUUAAUUAUUUCAGCAUUUUUGGGAGUCGGGUCAGGUCAGUCUGCCCACGUAAGAGAAUCUGGGCCUGGCCAAUUUUACAUUUCCAUGAUGAAAAAGUCAACAGAGGCAUCUCAUGUCAUGUCCAUUACUAAAGCAACAUUCAUUUGGAUAAUCAGUUGAUAUUUGGUUUGAAUCUGUUAUGUACAUAUGUCUGCACAAGAUAAGUGGUUUGAAGUCACAAAUGCCAUUCUUUUGGAGUAUCCUUUAAAGAAAAAGUCAGACCAAUAGAGCAAAUUACUUAUCUUGAAGCCACAUAGUGAUAAAUUCUUCAGUCUUGGUUUAGUGAUGAAAGCUUUCGUGAUGGGAGAAUUGAAAUUUAAACUAUGUAUUGGCCGGUUUGUAGUUUCCCACAUUGUAGAUUGAAACUGUUGGUAGAUAAUAAGUGAAUUUAUUUUAUUAAUGGUGAGCACAGUCUCCUCAUGGGAGCAGCAGAGUACAAAGUCAAUACUGUCCCCGGCCAGCCACAUAGAUUACACCCCGGUAUGUAAGAGAGAGAGAGAGAGAAAGAGUGUCCCUCAGAGUGGAUGAAAGUCUUGUUGGCCAUUAGGAUUGGGUUUAGUUGUAUAAGAAGAAUCAAGUCCUCAGGUCCCUGAAGUAAUGCUCGCAGAGGCCUGUCCUGUCACUGUACAUAUGUGAACGCCCUCCUCUGAUACUGUAUAUGCACUAAUAUCAUUUGGUGAAUGGUGUGUAUUACUUCAGAAAAUAAUUUCAACCUGUAUGAAUGACUGGUGUCUCUGUGGGUACUUACUUGCAUCAGUGAAACAUUACAUUUUGGACACCUUGUGAUUAUUUGUGUUACAGAUAUUUAUCCAAAAAUUUCAGUUGCAGUUUAUUCUGCCAUUAAAGGCAUUAAUUUGAAGUAUUCCUAACAUGCAUAUACAGUACACUCGGAGCAUACUUCAUCACCGAGACCAAAUUCAUCCGAAUGUUUUGCUCAAGUGUGUGCAGUAUAUAUGGUUAUGUAUAGAUAUAUAAUUUAGUAGUUUAUCAUUGAAUGUUGUGGAACAUUUCAUGUGGACAUUCUCAGCUGUUGGAGGAUUUCCUGUGAAUUUGGUGUACGUACUUUUAAGUCUUUGUUCUUAAACCAUUAGAAGAUUUGGCCAUUCAGACUUGGUGGUGGCUAGUGUAACAACACACUGUAGUACAGUUCAGUUCAGUUGUCCAGGAUUUCUGUUUCAUCUUGAUAAUUUAACAGAAAUGAAAUUCUUUUUGGUGAUUUGAAAGCCUAGUAAGUCUCAGUUAAGAGAUAGAAAGGUAAAUGUGAUGUAAUUUUAGGCAUAUUUAAUGCUAUUGUUGUAGGUCUGGACUGAAAUGUUGACAAUGAGAGUUUCUGAUUUAUAUUUUUCAUAAACUCUCCACCUUAGUCAUUUGAACUGCUCAUACAGGGCUCUAAACACACAAGAUUAUAAUCCAGACUUGCUACCAUACCACCAAGUAUGCCAAAAAAUAUUAGACUACUCAGAUUUUCCUUUUCAAAUUCGACCAACCCUCCACACUAUCUGGGGGAAGGCCAGGCCAAGCUUCUUAUGUUUACAAGAAAAGUACCAAUAUGACUACAUCAAGUCCUGGACAUUCCAAAUCUAAAAUUAAUAAAAGGAGAAAAAAAAAUAAUGUACACAAUCUUUAAAAUCUUGAUCUAGUUGUGUAAAUCUUGAGUUUGUGUGAUAAUUUGUUGUAAUUACUAUACAAGUGUGAGUAGGAAAAUAGUACUGUAAUGAAAUGUACUUCAGAGAAACGUUUAGUGAAAAUUCAUAUGCUGGAGAUCCAAAAUGCCUUCCCAUCACUGGACUUGCCUCAGUGUAAACCAGCUGUCACUUUCCUACUCAAUUCAUAAACUAAUUCAAUGCAGCUGUAAAGCUUCGAGUCAAUCUACAAUUAUUUUUGUAUCCUCCCAAGAGCUCUGUAUUUCCAGCAAUUGUUUAACCUGCAUUACAGUGUACAAUAUUUUGGUGCUUGAAAAUAUAAAAAGGUAAUACAGUUAUUGCCAUAAUGACGGGUACAGCUUUUUCCAGUCUGGAAUAGUUUACAAGAACCUAUUGGUGAAACAUAAGUCUUAAUAUAACAUUUACAUUAUUGAGCAAAUGGGAAGCUAGGGACAUGUGUACAUACUAUAGCUGAGGCUUGCAGAGUUUCUAUAUAUCAAUAUAAUAUAUUGAGGAAUGUGCUGUGUUGCACUGUGUUACUGUAAACAGUAAUAAAAAUGUUUCCAAUA